AUGCCGUCGAUGAGCAUUAGUGUUGCCGGGUCCAAAGACAACGAGCACACGUUCAGGGACCACUUCAUCGCCACGAGCUUGUCGAGCAGCACAUCCCUCGCUGUGAGCGUCGCGAACGGCAGCAGCGAGUACAAGCGCCACGAUGGCGGCGGCGUUCACGCUGGGAAGCUGCGCCUUAUCAAGCUGUACGAGGAACAUAGCAUUGCGAAGACUGCACCAAUGAGAACUUAUGGUUGUACGAUGCAAGACUCAGCGGGCGAUGCACCCAACGUUGUGUCGCUGCCCUCGCACCGGCCCUCCUCCAUCGUGAGGUGCUCACUGCUACCAUCGUCUCCAUCAGAUCUCGCGGAGGCCUGGUGGAAGGCUCAGCUUGGCGCUAUUGUUGCAGAGAACACCAAUCGCUGCAUUCUUUGUGCGCUGGGCAUGAUGUUAUAG